CAUCUUCACUACUUAGGGUUGCUGAGGCCGGUUGUCGGUACUUCUUUCACUUUCCCACUCGAUCCCGCUGACCGGCACCAUGGUCCGACACAUCGAGAGUCUGGAAGAAUUCAAGGAAGCCCUGGCUGGUGCUGGACCCAAACUUGUCAUUGUAGACUUUACUGCUACAUGGUGUGGGCCAUGCAAAAUGAUUGGACCUAUAUUUGAAGCUUUGAGUCAAAGUCACCCAGAUGUUGUGUUUCUUAAGGUGGAUGUGGAUGAUGCACAGGAUGUUGCUCAACACUGCGAUAUCAAAUGCAUGCCAACUUUCCAUUUCUAUAAAAAUGGAUCAAAGGUACAUGAAUUUAGUGGAGCCAAUAAGGAUAGCUUGCUGCAGAAGCUAUUGGAGCUGAAGUGAAAAGUUUAUAACACAUUGUAAUCCAAACUUCCUUGCAUUAUAACCAUGUUUAAAAUCUGCUUCUAUAUAAUUAUAUGAAGGAAACUCUCUUGCCUUUGGUGCUGAGGUCUUAUGGAUUCCUUAUGUUUUCCAAUAAAUCUAUAUUGUACUG